AUGUGCAGAGCCUUCCCCACCACACUGAAGGGCCCCGCAAGGAUCUGUUUCAGCAGGCUGAUGCCCAACUCCAUUAGUUCCUUCAAAGAGUUAAGCGCCCAAUUUGCAUCGCAGUUCAUCGGGGGACACAGGUAUAAGAAGUCUACGGCAUGCUUGAUGAACAUUAAGCAGCGAGAGGAUGAGACGCUGAGGUCCUACAUCACCCAUUUUAACAAGGAAGCGCUCUCGAUUGAUGAAGUUGACGACAAAAUACUUGUAGCAGCCUUCACAAAUGGGUUGCGGAAAGGUAAGUUUUUGUUUUCUUUAUACAAAAACGACCCAAAAACCAUGUUGGAUGUACUUUACAGAGCCACUAAGUACAUGAAUGCCGAGGAUGCACUACUGGCUCGAGAGGAAAAGCCUAGAAAGAGAGAAAUGCAAGAAGACCCGCGACAGGACAAGGGGCAAAAGAUGGCAAAGACCGGAGAGCAAAAAGAUGACAGGUGCUUUAAGCCCCCGAUGGGGAGAUUCACAAGCUUCACCCCACUAACCGCCCCAAUCGACCAAGUCCUAAUGCAAAUAAAUGACGAAAGAGCCUUAACCUUCCCUGGAAAGUUGAAGGGGGAUCCCAACAAACAGCCUAGAGACAUAUACUGCCGCUUCCACCGAGAUCAUGGUUAUGACAUGACCGACUGCUAUGACCUGAAGUAG